UAUAAUUAUGUAUGAUUUAAAAAAAAAAAAAUUAUAUUUUUAUAAAUUAAUAUUAACAUGCGUUUAGAUUCUUUUUGUAUUACAUUAGAAAUAAAAAAAUAAUUGAAUAAAGCAAAGAAAAAAAAAAAAAGAAAAAAAAAAGAGAUUAUGUGGCAGAACGCACAGUAGAAGAGGAUAUUCCGUGCAUAAGACAAUUAGUUCAUUGGAACAGUUCUCCAAAUGAAGGUCUUGGUCAAAGCCAUGAAGCCUUAGUUCAUCGACUUCGUCAAUUGGGUCACAAUGACUUAGCUGAUUGGCUUGGGAAAUCCACGUUUAAACAACUUGGAAUGGAUAUGGAAAGAAUUAUGAAUCGACCAUUUGAUAAAUUAAGCGAACAAGAAAUUGAGACAUAUUAUCCAUUAACAAUCGAUCCAAUUGAAAAUCCCGGAAACGAUGAUUUUUGGUCUCAAUUAAAUAUCAUCUUAUUGGCAAUAAUGUUAGGUUUAAUGGGAACUUUAUUAACAUUAAUAGGAUAUAUUAUUUUUUAUAUGAUCAAAGUGCGUUUACGUAGAACAAAAUACAGAAAAAUGAAGCAAGAAAUGGAUACUGAUAAAACGUCGGAAAAAGAAAAACAAAAAAUCAACAAGACAAAAGAGAUGCUACAUAUUAUUGAUAAUUCGUCUGAUUAAUUGAAUUUCUUAAAUAUUUCUUCGAUAAGAAAUAAAAUUGUGGAUAGGGUGUGUAUGUAUGUGUGUACGUAUAUAGAAUAGAAGCAUGAAAUUUCAAUUCAUAUUAUAUAUCGCUUCACUAGUGCUCUCUAGCGUAUUAGUUUGGAACUCGAUUCAAACUUUUCAUGUUACCCAUUCCUUUCCGAUACGAAAGGUAAAUAAAAAGUA